AUGGAUAAAAUACUUUUUAAAGAAGUAAAUAAAAUAAGAAGUGAAAGUGAUAAUGAUGAAAAAAGCGAUGAAAAAAAUUCUAUAAGUGAUGCUAUGUCUUCUGUUUUUGUUAAAUCGGCAAAGAUUCCUGAUAGCAUAGAUAUUGUAAAAGGAAUUAAUAUGGAUAAAGAAUUAAAUUUACAUGAAUUUAUUAAUCAUUACAAAUAUAUGGGAUUUCAAGCAACGAAUUUAGGUAUAGGUAUAGAUGAAAUAAAUAAAAUGAUACAUUAUAAAUAUAUUGAUAAUGAUGAAAAAAAGGAAAUAAAUGAUGAUUCAAAUAUAAAUAAAAAGAAAUGUAUGAUAUGGCUAUCUUUUACAUCUAAUAUGAUUUCAAGUGGUUUAAGAGAAAUAUUUGUUUAUUUAGCUAAAAAUAACUUUGUUGAUGUGGUUGUAACUACUGCUGGAGGUAUAGAAGAAGACAUUAUAAAAUGUUUUUCUAAUACAUAUUUAGGGGACUUUAAUUUAAAUGGGAAAAAAUUAAGAAAAAAAGGAUGGAAUAGAAUAGGUAAUCUAAUUGUACCAAAUGACAAUUAUUGCAAAUUUGAAGACUGGCUUCAACCACUAUUAAAUAAAUUAUUACAAGAACAAAAUGAAAUAAAUGAAAAGAUGUUCCUAAAGAAAUUAGAAAAAAGGCAAAAAAAAGAAAAAAGAAAAGAAAAUGAGAGAGAAAGUAAAUAUGAUCCCAAUUCAUUUAGUUCAGACGAAGAGUGCGAUAUUUUUUAUUUAAGUCCUUCAGAAUUUAUAAAUAGAUUAGGUAAAGAAAUUAAUGAUGAAAGUUCUUUAAUAUAUUGGUGUUAUAAAAAUAACAUACCUGUAUUUUGCCCUGGAUUAACUGAUGGGUCGUUAGGAGAUAAUUUAUUCUUCCAUAAUUAUGGAAAAAAAAUAAAAAAUAAUUUAAUUUUAGAUAUAGUAAAAGAUAUAAAAAAAAUUAAUUCUCUCGCAUUAAAUUGUAAAAAAUCAGGAAUUAUAAUUCUUGGUGGAGGAUUGCCAAAGCAUCAUGUAUGCAAUGCAAACUUGAUGAGAAAUGGAGCAGAUUUUGCUGUUUAUGUUAACACAGCUAAUGAAUAUGAUGGAAGUGAUAGUGGUGCUAAUACAACUGAAGCAUUGUCAUGGGGGAAAAUUAAAUCAGGACAUCCAAAUAAUCAUGUCAAGAUUUUUGGUGAUGCUACAAUUUUAUUUCCUCUAAUGGUUCUCAAUACUUUUUAUUUAUAUAACCAAAAAAAAAAAAAAAUAUAA